UCAGUGGCGGAAAACCCGGCCGCCCGGUCACGGACGAGCUCGGACGCUCUCGUCACGAGCUGCGCCAGCCGCCUGGCCACCCCGGGAGGCUCCAGCCUGGCAGGGUGCACCGUCGGCCAGUCGGCCAGGCGAGACCCCCGCCGCAGGUCACCGGGUGACACAUCAGGUCUGGCACCUGCGCGCACCAGCAUCAUGAAGUCGCCUUUGGCGAAGAUGUCGCUGCUCACGUUGCUACUGGCAGCACCGACUUCCUCUGCCCCCACCCGCAUCUCAGCGGGGCGUGCCGUCGCCGGUGGCUCUCGAUUCUCAGCCACGGCGGGGAUUUCAGUGCAAGGGGACGUCUCCUGCUCUCGAACUUCCAGAGCUGAUGGGGGAACCACGCUUCGCUGCGUGGCCGGUAACCCUGGCUUCGGCACGGUCACCUUCGCCGGCGGCGGCACCGUCACCAUGUCAAACGGCGGCAACUUCGUUAUAUCUGUUGGCAAUUAUGCGCCCCAGGUCUUCCACCAUAGCAAUUCCCCAGGUGAUGCUCCUGUCAUCAAACCGGUUCGAAUUCCAGCUGUUCCACCAGUGAAAAUCCCCAAGAUUCCACCCGUGAAUGUCCCUAAGAUUCCGCCCGUGAAUAUCCCAAAGAUUCCGCCUGUCAAUGUCCCAAAGAUUCCGCCUGUCAAUGUCCCGAAGAUUCCGCCGGUGCAUAUCCCGAAGAUUCCGCCUGUGAAUAUCCCAAGGAUUCCAGCCGUUAUCAUUCCAGCAAUUCCGCCAGUGAAAAUCCCGAGGAUUCCGCCUGUACAUAUCCCAAAGAUUCCGCCUGUACACAUCCCUAAAAUCCCACCUGUGAUUGUUCCGAAGAUUCCAUCAGUAAAAAUCCCCGAGAUUCCUCCUGUCAACAUCCCUGCGGUCAACAUUGACGGAGCAGCGGGCCCUUAUCGUGCCGGCUUCGUCGUCAUAAAUGGCCAAGGCAGCGUGAUCAGAAGCGGCAGCCCAUCUAGAGUAGUGGUGCUGGGAGACGGCAGCAUCGUCACUUACGGACCAUCAGCCCAGAACGUGUACAUAGGCUCAUCUAGUGUCGGCAGACAGGAGAACAGUGGGGCCUCCUCUGGACCGGAGGCAGCCACCGAAAGCCGAGAACAGGAAGCCCAUUACAUCGAAGCCAGCGGCAGCCAGCCGGGCAACGAUGGCACAGAUGGUAGCGAAGUAGCCCCGGCUGCGCCGAGAACAGAACCUGUCACAGGCACCCGUGAGAAGGGGGGAUACGGUUCAGUGCGCGCUGAAGACAGUGCAACAGCGGUGGCUGCGCGAAAGCGGAGAGACGGGUUCAGUUUGGUUCAGUCUGGGGACGGGUCUUCAGUCAUCAAUUCCAGACAGAAUGGAAGUCAUUUAAGUGCUGUUCAAUCUACGGGCGGAUCCUCAGUCAUCAAUUCCAGACGUGACGGGAACAGGUUCAGUUCCGUUCAGUCUGGAGAUGGAUCGUCAGUCAUCAACUCCAGACAAGGUGCAGGGAACAGGUUCAGUUCCGUUCAGUCUGGGGACGGAUCUUCAGUCAUCAGUUCCAGACGGAAUGGGAACAGGGUCAGUGCCGUUCAGUCUGGAGACGGAUCGUCAGUCAUUAAUUCCAGGCGGGGUGAGAAUAGGUUCAGUUCAGUUCAGUCUGGGGGCGGAUCUUCAGUCAUCAAUUCCAGAAGAGAUGGGAAUCGUUUAAGUGUUGUUCAAUCUGGGGGCGGGUCUUCAGUUAUCAAUUCCAGGCAGGGUUCAGGGAACAGGUUCAGUUCCGUUCAAUCUGGGGACGGGUCCUCAGUCAUCAAUUCAAGACGAGAUGGGAACAGGGUCAGCGCCGUUCAGUCUGGAGACGGAUCGUCAGUCAUUAAUUCCAGGCAGGGUGAGAACAGGUUCAGUUCAGUUCAGUCUGGGGACGGAUCUUCAGUCAUCAAUUCCAGAAGGGAUGGGAAUCGUGUAAGUGUUGUUCAAUCUGGGGGUGGGUCUUCAGUUAUCAAUUCCAGGCAGGGUUCAGGGAACAGGUUCAGUUCCGUUCAAUCUGGGGACGGGUCCUCAGUCAUCAACUCAAGACGAGAUGGGAACAGGGUCAGUGCCGUUCAGUCUGGAGAUGGAUCGUCAGUCAUCAACUCCAGACAGGGUUCAGGGAACAGGUUCAGUUCCGUUCAAUCUGGGGACGGAUCUUCAGUCAUUAAUUCCAGACGGGGUGGGAACAGGUUCAGUUCUGUUCAGUCUCGGGACGGAUCUUCAGUCAUUAAUUCCAGACGGGGUGGUAACAGGUUCAGUUCCGUUCAGUCUAGGGGCGGGUCUUCAGUCGUCAAUUCUAGACAGGGUGGUAACAGGUUCAGUUCUGUUCAGUCUGGGGAUGGAUCUUCAGUCAUCAAUUCAAGACGGGGUGGAGAGCGAUUCAGCUCUGUCCAAUCCGCGGAUGGUUCUUCAGUGAUCCAUUCCCGACAGGGAGGCAACAGGGUGAGCGCGGUGCGAUCCAGAGACGGUUCUGCCGUCUUCAACACCAUCAUUGACGGCAGGCGGGUGAGCGUGGUCAGGUCGGCUGACGGCUCUUCCGUCAUCAGCACACGCCUCGGAGGCAGGAGGGUCUCCGCCGUGACCUCCGCGGACGGCUCGCGUGUCAUCUCCGGCAGGGGAAACAACCUGGACAGCUUCUUCGACAACCUGCUGCUUCAGAUUUACCAGUAACAGAACUGGCCGCCUGGUUGUGCGUCCAAUCUUCGUAAGUGAAAGAAGCAGCAUUCGCAGAGAUGAGACCGGAUCAUUAACACGCUUUGUGAAUAUGUGGCGUACUCACCAACUUGUACCUUCUACCAGCUGGUGCCUCCUGCAAUGAAAAUAAAUUACUAGUACCGAUACAUGACCAGAUGGCGAAUGCUCUAAGCAAUCUGUUUCAUUACCAUUGUGUACAAGCACGGAAACGGUUACUCUUGCAACAUGUAUGAAGCCAGAGUCUAGAAAUGCGGCAACACACGUGAGCUGAUUUUU